AUGAGCCGGACUCUCCACAGCAUCGUGUCUUCACUGCAGAGAAGCGGAACAUUUAUCAAUUCUUUAAUCGCAGCAUUGACUAUUUGUGGGCAACAAGCCUUCUCGUCCUUCACAUUCAGGUGUCCCUGUCAAGUGGGGAAAAAUUUCUUGUACGGUUCUGCUUUCCUUGUCAUGCCUGCCUUGAUCCUCCUGGUAGCCGGCUAUGCCCUGAGAAGGCAGAUGUGGACGAUCACCGGAGAGCACUGCUGCAGCUGCGCCCCUGGGCGCCGGAGGCUCAGCCCCCUGGAGCGCAGGCUGGCUUGCCUCGGCUGCUUCGGCAUCACUGGCAGGGCAGUUGUCGCUCCCCUGGCGUGGCUGGCGGCCACCCUGCUGACCGGCACCUACUACGAAUGCGCAGCGAGUCAAUUCGCCUCCGUGGACCAUUACCCAGAGUUUGCUAACUUCAGCGCCAGCGAACGAGAAGAGAUCCUGGCUGGGUUUCCGUGCUCCACGCCCCCUCCUUCUGACCUCCUCCCAGUGAGAGAUGAAAUAGUUCUUCUGCACAGAUACCAGUCACAAAUGCUGGGCUGGAUUUUGAUCACCUUGGCAACCAUCACUAUCCUGGUCUCCUCCUGUCUGGCGAGGUGCUGCUCUCCCCUCACCUCCCUGCAGGACUACUACUGGAACAACCACCUCCAGAAUGAGAGACAGCUCUUCGAAGAGGCGGCAGAGCAGCACUCCAGGCUCCUCAUCACGCAGCGGAUAAAGAAACUAUUUGGCUUCGUUCCCGGGAGUCAGGAUGUCACACACAUCCGUAUCCCUUCAUGUCAGGACUGGAGAGAUAUUGCAGCACCCAGUCUUCUAUGCAUGGGUGAUUUCUUGCAGGGCGACUACAGCAGGGUGGAUGAGGAUAAUGAGCAAGACACAUCAAGAGGCAUUGAAUUAAAACCUUGA